AUGGAUACAAUCGGACAGACUCAAGUAUCUGAUCAAUGCUUCGGACGUAUUGCUGAUAUGGUGAAGGAGUCGCUUGAAUUUUUUGCACCCAUUAGUGGCUAUGGGAAAAUGCCUCUUGUUUCACUUGAAGAAGCAGUGAAACCACUAGUUGAUAUUAUACCAGAAGUGCAAAGUUAUGCUUACGUGGCUAAACAAAAAUGUCAAAAUCCUCCUGAUACAUUAACACCAGAUGAAUCGGCUUCUAUCAUGCUCUACACAAUGGGAUGGCAACAACCUGAUGAAUCUCUCUAUGCUGUCCUGAAUAGUACCAUGCGGUCGCCAAAUCGUCAGACAAUAUUGAGACCAUGGUAUCUAUACAUCAGACUCUUUCUCAAUGCCCUCUUUCGUCUUCCACCACUAUGCGAAAUAACCUAUAGAGGGAUUAAAAUGGACUUGAGCGCACGCUACACCAAAGGAGCUACAAUUGUUUGGUGGGCUUUCUCAUCUACCACUAAAUGUAUUGAUGUUUUGCAACUAAACAGUUUUUUGGGUGAAACAGGCACUAGAACGAUAUUCAACAUACAAUGUCAAACAGCGAGAGACAUUUCGAAGCAUUCUUAUUAUCCCAUUGAACAAGAAGCAUUGCUUCUAGCUGCUACUCAAUUUCAAGUGACAGGCUGUCUUAAACAAGGUGAUCUUUGCAUAAUACAACUCAAAGAAACUUGCCCACCUCAUCCACUUUUACAGCCAGUACCAGUUAUUCUUCCUCAAUGUUGCAAUCCAUCUUCGACAGGUAAAUCAAGAGAAAAAAGAAAAAUUGCAAUAUUCCUACAUGACAUCGUUCAUCACUACUUUCCAUUAAUAAAGAGCAGCAAAAAUCAUGUAUAUUAA